GACAAUGACAAGGGCUCAAUAGCGAACGAGAAUCGAUCAAUAUUCUCUGCUCACGCUGUGACCCCAUACCCGCUUUCACAAGAAAAGAGUGAAAUUAAUGCAGAUUCGCUAGAUUUUAGUGAUGUGGAAAACUCAUAUUCACAAGAACUAUCAUCAGCUGAAAAUGUUAAUAAUGGAAUCAACUUGGGAGAAAUUAAAAAUAAGGAUGUUCAAAUAGUGUUUGGAGAAAUAACUGGGAACGCAUUUAAACAAGAUGACAAAAAAACUAUUAAAUUUAUAGCCAUGCAGUUAGUUCUUUCAGACCUUCAGAAACUAUUUCCCAAAAAUGAGCCAGUUGUCGAAGAGUUGGAAACUUUCGAAUUACUUGUGUACAUGUUCUCUCAAGAUAUAGUAAAUUUAUUAUUAAAUUCUGAAGAUUAUAAUGUUAUAAUUCAUGUUGGAAAAGAAGAAAGAGAAGAUCCAGUAUUAUUUAACAAUAAUAGUAAUAAAGGAGAAGAAGAAGAUAAUCUUGAAGUUAAUAAUAGAUACAUUAGUAGUGAUAUCAGAAAUGAUAGAAAUGAUAGAAAUGAUAUGGAUGAUUAUCAUAGAACGCAAACAUUUAAAGCUCAUUCAUUAAUAUUAGGAGCAAGAAGUAAUUAUUUCCAAACUGCUUUAUCUAAACAAUGGGCUAAAAAAGAAGGGGAAGCUAAUGUUUUAAGUCAACCUAAUAUUAGUCCUAAAGUUUUUGAGAUUAUAUUAAAUGGAACAAUAUCUCUAAGUGAUCGUGACAUUUUAGAAAUUCUCGAUAUUCUUUCAGCUGCGGAUGAGUUACUUCUCACAGAUUUAUUGGAUUACAUUCAAGAAUAUUUAAUAGAAAUCAAAUCAAGAUGGCUUCAUUCUUAUAUUAUACCAAUUUAUCAAGUUUGUUUGGCUCAUGAUUCUUAUCAAAAAAUUACUCCAAUUAUUAGUACAAUUACUCCAACUUCUCCAUUUGAAGAUUAUAAUAAUUUAACCAAUACUUUACAAGAUUGUAUUCCUUUAAUAAGAUUCUUUCAAAUGUCAAGUAUUGAUUUAUAUGAUAAAGUUUGGAGACCAUUUAGAGAGAUUUUACCUUCCAAAUUAGAAGAUGAUAUAGUAAAAUGUCAUUUAAAACCUGGUACCAAACCCGAAUUUGGGAUUAAUACUCCUCGUGGGAAUUCAACUUUAAUUGGUCAUCAACAAAUGGCUCGUGAGACUUGUUCAUAUUUGGCAAGUGCUAUCCUUGCUUUAACUGGGAUUUAUGGUGAAACCCUACCCUUAAAAAAAAUGGACUGCAAGUGUGGAAAACCCGCAAAACACCUGCAAACAAAAAAGGAAAAUGCGAAUAAAGGACGUUGGUUUUUUACUUGUUUCUCUAAGAAUUGUAAUUUUUUCAAAUGGGACGAUGAUACUCCUAGAUCAAGUCAGGAUUCAACGAUGAACUCGGGACCUUCAUCGAUGAUAACAAAUGACGGAAGUCAACCUACUUCUGUACAAAUAAAUUUUGAACUUUAUAGUAAACGUGAAUUUAUAGUUCAAGGAUAUCACCCAAAAUUAGUUGAUUUAUGGAAAAAUUAUUUUAGAGGAAGUUAUAAACCUGAUGGUAGAGGUUGGGUUUUACCUUUAUCAAAAUAUGAAGAAGCCAUUAAAAAAUUGAGAGAAGAAAAUUUUAAUUUUAAUGUAGAAAUUAAUGUUUCAUCAGAAUUAUGGUCAACCUUAAUGACAUUUCAAAAAGAAGGGGUUACUCAAACAAUAAUGAAAGAAGGGCGUAUUUUAUUGGGAGAUGAGAUGGGACUUGGUAAAACGAUUCAAGCGUUGACAAUUUGUCAAUUUUAUCAAUCGGAUUGUCCAGUUCUUAUAAUAUGUCCUUCUAGUUUAAGAUUGACUUGGUCAGGUGAAAUAAGAAAAUGGCUUCAAAUUUCAGAUGAUGAAAUUCAAGUUUUCUUUCAUACAAAAGAUAAAGUUCGAUCACCUAUUCCCAAAUUUGUGAUAACAAGUUAUGACCUUAUUGCGAAAAUGAGUGAAGAAUAUGAAGAUAAAUUUAAUAUAAUUGUUUGUGAUGAAGCACAUUAUUUAAGAAAUAGAACUGGGACACCGGCCUUAUCAAAACCCAGUGAGCUUUUCUCACUAGCAAAUGCAUUAGAUAAAUCCACAUUUGCCUCAUUUCCUCAGUAUGGAGCUCGAUAUUGUGCAGCUGUUAGGGGAGCGUUUGGAUGGGAUUACUCUGGUUCAUCCAACUUAUCCGAACUUAAUUGGUUAUUGGAGAGGACGAUUUUAAUUCGUCGACUUAAAAAAGAUGUUGAAUUACAAUUGCCUCCGAAGACACGACAGAUUAUAUAUGUUGAUAUUCCAGCAUCUGCUCUACGAGAGAUUCAAGCAUUACAAAAAGAAUCUAAAAAAUACCAUUCAAUUGCUCGAACAGCUACUGGAAGUCAAAGAAGGGAUGCUGAAUUGAAAGGGAAAGCAUUAAUAGUACAGAUGUGGUCUGAAACUGGUCGAUCUAAAGUACCCGCAGUGCAAGAAUAUUUAUAUGAAAUUUAUAAUAAUUCGGAAAAGAAAUUUUUAAUAUUUGCACAUCACAUUGAAGUUUUAGAUUCAAUAACGGAAUUUAUUGAAUCCAAACUUAAAGCGAAAUAUAUUAGAAUUGAUGGAUCCACCAAUCAAUCUCGUCGACAAGCUUUAGUUGACGAAUUUCAAGAUGAUAAACGAAUCCGAAUAGCUAUUUUAUCUCUUACAGCAGCAUCCGCAGGUUUAACUCUCCAUUCUGCAGAUUUGGUAAUAUUUGCAGAAUUAUUUUGGAAUCCAUCAACUUUAUUACAGGCAGAGGAUCGGGCACAUAGGAUUGGUCGUCAAGGAUGUGUUGACAUCAAGUAUAUUUUGGUUAAAGACACAUCGGAUUCCAUACAAUGGGAAAUGGUGCGUCAGAAAUUGAAAGUCGUUGGUAAAAUGCUUGACAAUAAUAUUGAGAAAGUUACAAUGGAGGAAGGAACAUCUUUUGGUGCAAUUGAUCCUGAUCUCCUUUCUUGGUUUGGAAAAGAAAAAUUGAAUAAUGAUCAAAAUUCUUCACAUUCAUCAAUGAACGAUUUAGUAAAUGAUGAAUCGAAAGAAGAUUUAAUUGAUUUAGUCGAUUUAGUAAAGGAUGAAUCGAAAGAAGAUUUAAUUGAUUUAGUUGAUUUAGUAAAGGAUGAAUCAAAAGAAGAAGACUUAAUUGAUUUAUUUGAUUUAGUCAAUUAUGAUGAUGAUUUAAUUAAUUAUGAUGUGAAUGUGAAUGUGAAGGAUGAGACUAAAGAUAAUGAUUUAGUCAAAAGUGAUGAGACGAAAGAUGAUGAUUUAAUAAAGGGUGAUGGGAAGGACGAUUUAUUAAUGCAUGAUUUAGAAAAGGACGAUAUUUUUCCACUCAUGGAUUUUGAUGAUUUUGAUGAAUGGGUAAAAUCCGAUGAUACUUUAUUUCCAAAAAUCGAAACAACUUGUCACGAGGGUGAAAUCAUCGAUUCAAAUAUUAAUCUUGACAACGAUAGCGAGAAUUUAACACUUUAUGACAAUCAUAACAAUCUAAUUGAUAAUGAGAAUGAGACCAAAUCCAAAUGUCACUGGAAUUCUGAUUCUUUCGUUUGUUAUUUAAAAUUCAUUAAUAAUUAUAUUUGGCCACCUCAAAAUAUUAUGGAAUCUCAGGAAUUUAAAUUUUUAAUUAUUAAACAUUAUGUAAAUAGUAUGGAUAUCAAAGAUUGUAAAUUAGAUGAUGAAUUAGAUGAUAAAUCCUUUAAUCCCGAAAUUAUUUGUCAACAACUUGGAUUUAAUUCUUUUGAAGAAUUAUCUUCACAUUUUAGAGAUGAUAAAUUUCCACCGGAAGAUUCUUCAAUUUGUAAACGUGUUGGAAAUAGUUGGUUUGUAUCAGCUUUAGGAGUAUUAUCAGCGCAUCCACAUCUUUUAGAAAAAGUUAUUCCAAAAUGGUCAUUACAAGAUUGGAAUCAUAGCGAAGAACCAGGAAAACAGUUAGGAAUGUAUAAUUUUAGGGAUACUGAGCAAUGGAUAGAAGUAAUAAUUGAUGAUUAUCUUCCAACAAGAAAUGGACAAUUAAUUUAUGCACAUUCAAAAGAUCCCCGAGAAAUGUGGUGUUCCUUAUUAGAAAAAGCUUAUGCAAAAUUAUGUGGAGGAUAUAGAAUUUUAGAAACAGGUGCAGCUUCAGAUGCCAUAGUUGAUUUAACUGGAACAGUACCAGAAACAAUUGAAUUAAAUAAAGAAGGAAUAUUAGGUCAAUUAGGUGAAAAAGGAUUAAUAAAUUUGAUGAAAAUGGAAAACUCUAAACAUUCAUUAAUGAGUUGUUCUAUAAAUGCGUUUGAAGAAGAGAGGAAAUACGAGCUUUUACCAAAUGGAUUGGUUGUUGAGCUUCCGUAUGGUAUAACGGAUAUACAAGUAGUAAAAAUCGGAGUACUUAAAAUAAAUAACGAAAUUGUUCUUAUAAAACUACAUAAUCCAUGUAAUGAAGUAGAAUGGAGUGGACCAUGGUCAAAUAAAUCACCGGAAUGGAAUUUAGUUGAUAAUAUAAAACGAAAUAAAUUAAUUGUUCAAGAUGGUGAUUUUUGGAUGUCAUUCCAUGAUUUCAUAACAAAUUUUAAUUCUUUGGUAAUUUGUCGACAUUUAAAUACAUCAUUAUUUUCAAGAGGAAAACGUUGGCAUGGAACAACUUUUUAUGGAGAAUGGUCAAUAGAAAAUGAAACAGCGGGAGGAUGUAUUAAUAAUAAUUCAACAUUUUAUCAAAAUCCUCAAUAUUUAAUUAGAAUUAACAAACCUACCACAGAUCUCGUUAUAUCACUUAUGCAAAGUGAUCAUCGAUCCGAGAUAGGUGUAGAAUAUAUAACGAUUGGAUUUAUAUGUUUAAAAGUUGAGGAAAAUCGAAAAUAUCGAAUUCAUAAAUCAACGUACGAAGUGGUUGGACGAGUCACCUACAUAAAUUCACGUGAAGUUACUAAAAGAAUAACACUUAAUGAGGGACAAUACAUUUUAAUUCCUUCAACUUAUAAUAUAGGAGAUGAAGGGGAAUUUUUUUUAAGAAUUUUUUCAUCCAAAGAAAUAAAUAUAAAUUUAUUAAAAAAAGAUGCACCCAAAAAAAAUUGGUAUUAUCCAAUUCUUUAUCAACGUAGAGCUUAUUAUGUGGGAAUGGUUAGAGCGAAAAUAAUAUGUGGACAAUUUAAUCGAGAAAUAACUAAAGGAUUUGUACGAAUAAUAUUUUUGGAUUUAAGGAGUCGAAUUAAAAAAGCUGUAAUUUCACCAAUAUUUAAUAAUUCAUUUGAACCUGAUAUAGAAGCCGAAUAUUUAUUUUAUGUAAGAAAUCCUUCAUUAGCCACAAUCAUAUUUCAACUAUAUGAAUGUUCAACAUUUGGUAAAGAUAAUAUUAUAGGAGAAGUAAAAAUAUUAUUAGGACAUUAUGCUAAAUCUAGUAAAGAAGGAAGAUUUUGGGAAAUUACCAAAACUAUGACUCGAGUUAUUAAAGCACCUCCUAGCGGUGAAGAUAAUAAUGAUGAAGCACAUAUUCUAAGAAGUUUUCCAAAACAAAAACUCGUUGUAACACCGAUGGAAAAAGGAAGAACAGAUAAAGGAUUUUUAAUACCGAUAACAGUAGAUGCGGGAAUUGGUGAAUUAAAAAUAAGAAUGAUUUAUCUUCGGGGAAAUAUAUUUCAACUAUUCCAAAAUACCACAUCAAUAUGA